AUGUCAGAUCCAGAAGAGCAAAAAUAUCGAAUUGAAUGUGUUAAAGCUGGAGACAUGCAUCCGAUUUUAAAUUUCAUAGAAAAAAAUUAUUUCCGAAGCGAUCCCCUUUUAAUAAGUUUGAAAUGUUUUCAUCAAAGAAUGGAUAAAAAUCUGGAAUUUUACAUCAAACAGUCUCUGCUGCAAGGCUUAUCGUUAGUUGCCAAGGAAAAUUCUCGGGAAAAUAAAAUUUUGGGUGUUGCCGUAAAUCAAAAAAGUUGUAAAUGGACUGCAAAUUCAAUAGACGAGUUGGGAGAAAUUUGUGAAAAUAUUAACACUAGCAAAUUGUUCCACAUUUGGGCGUUACUUGCUAGAGAAUCAGAAUCAGAAAUUCACGAUUAUCAAUCAACCAACACAAUUUUCAAUCUUGGAUUGAUUUCUGUUCAUAGAGAGUUGAAACAUCGAAGACUUCAGGCUGAACUUGCAUUUCAUUCCUUGUGUCUUGCACGUGAUCUAAACUAUGAGUUGGCUCGUUUUGAUACUACAAAUGAAUUCACUAUGAAAAUUGCUGAAGAGGCAAACAUGACGAAAAUUUGGGAAGUUCCUUACAAAAAUAUCCUUUGUGGCGAUGGCAAAACUCCAAUCAUACUUCCAAAUAAGCCUCACACUCAUGCCGCUGUUUAUUGCAUCAACUUAGACGAGUUGAAUUUGAAGAAUUUGUCUGAUUCUACAAAUUGA